UACUGCAGAUACUCUUCAUGACAGAUGAAUGUAGAGAGGCUGUCAUGAGGCUAAAUGAAGCCGAUGGGAAUCCUGUUUCAGAGGAACUGAAAAAGCUGUUUGACAAGCUUAAUAGAAAUCAAGUCCCUGACACCAGAGGUAUAACACAUAGUCUUGGGAUCGCUGACGUGUGUCGGCAAGAAGAUGCAUCAGAAUACUUUAAGAAAAUAUUAAGUAAACUCAAUCCUGAUGUCACAAAGAUCUAUGAAGGUACGAUUAAAGAGACAGUAACUUGCGAGAACGGACACAAGCUUAAGAACGACUCCAGCCCAUUUACCCUCAUUCCACUGUCAAUUAACAACGCCUCUUCUGGAAUCAUCAGUGUGGAGGAUGCCUGGAAAGACCAUUUCAAAAGCACAGAAGCAACACUUUACUGCAGCUCAUGUGAAUAUGAAACAUUGGCUCAAUUUGAAUCUAAAAUAAAUGUGUUUCCACAAAUACUAGCCCUGCAUCUGGAUCGGCUUGAUAUUUUCUCUGGCCAAAAGAAUACCUGCAAAGUGAAGAUUCCAUCCACACUUACCGAUAAGGGGCAGAAUUAUGAACUGUAUGCGAUCGCCAACCACCAUGGCUCUCCCAGGGGCGGCCAUUACAAUGCAUUCAUUAAACCAUAUGGAGACAAAUGCUGGUGGCGUUUUGAUGACUCGCAUGUCAGAAAGAUGGAGGAAUUGCAGAGAGAGAACCUUCUAACCUCAGGAACAGGAGGACUGGCACAUGAACACCUCUAA